CAGCAGUAGCACAGUGUGGUCCGGUGCUCUGCUUCACUCCACUCCACUGCAUUUCCCUCCACUCAAAGCUUGAAGACGUACGGCCGCCAUGCAUGCCAAGCCAUCUUCUGGCGCUUGAUCUGUGGUGACUCAAGCUUGAGCAAGGGAUCAUCUUCUUGGUCAACCCGUCAUCCUCCUGGUCAAACUAGCUCUGUGCAAAAUUAAGCAGGCUGUUGAGAUGGAUCGGAAAGAAGCUGACCUCCGCUGUAUGGAAGUAUGGUAUAUCAACUGCUAUGCCCUGUUCAUGGGGUACCUGCUGAUGGCCGUUAGGGGGCUGGGCUUCCUCGUGAUUACCUGGUCCACCGUCGUUCUCCUAGGCGGUUUCGUCUCCGUUCUGGAGAAGAAGGACUUUUGGUCUCUCACAAUCAUUACCCUCGUCCUAACACCUCGGGUCUCUGCUGAUGUCGGUCUGAAGGGGAAGUUAAAAUAUAUUGAGUAUUCGAUCAUUGGUGUCUCACACGCUAUAUAUGCCACGCUGAACCCUAAUGGAACUAAUGACACCUGGGCACGCCAACUGCUAGCAGCUGUUGUAUGGUUGUGUCACCUGCUGGUGGGCCCUAUAGUAGUGUGCCCUCUAGCGGCUCUCUAUAUGUGUGGGCCGCUGUUCAGUGCCGGGAUUUCGGCGUGGCGCCUGAUAGAACAUGAUUACGUCGCCCCCAAGAAUGAAGAAGCUGCACACCUACAGCCGGCCCUGAUUGUUUUGUAUUCUCUGGCUAUGUUGCAGGGUCUGCUCUUCUGUUACAGGUUUUAUUCGAGUUUUGCGCGGAAGGACUUAGUCAAUGAUGUGGCGCGAGCGUACAAGAUGAACCACAUCGAAGAGGAUGUGAAGGAAUACCUGCGCGAGACCGUGAUCGGGUGUGAGAAGGACCCAGCAUUCUUCAAGGAGACAAACUUGGCGACAUAUGCUAUGGGAAUGAUCAAGUCCCAAAAAUCAGAAAACUUCCUUUCCGGGGCAAGGAUUCUGGACGCACUCUUGGAGCACCCAGCAGAGGAGCGCACACUCACAUCACAGCUCAUCAGUUUGGUAGCGUCUUCUGGCCCUGUACUCGAGAAACUGCUGUUGGCGCUGGAUUCCACAAGCCCAUACGACGAGACGAUUAGGGUGAUUGCUGCCAACAUAGUGACACACCUUGCCAGUAGGAUUCCUCUGAUGCAGUUCCCACAUGGGAUCCAGCGCAUAGGCUCGCUGAUCCACAUCUCUCAGCAGCAAUUUGAGGAUGACUGUUGUGCGUCCUCCCUGUCCGCUGAUGACUACAAGAAACUCACGGAGAACGGCUUCGUUAUCCUCCGCAAGCUCGCAGCCGACGAGGACAAUUGCAGAACCAUAAGCAACGCCCAGGGCCUGCUCUCCAAGGUCAUGGCGCCCGUAAGCUCCGACUUGCUCCACCUCAUCGACCACGAGGCAUGGUCGACCGCCAUUGUAACCGAGUCGCUGCAAGUCAUGUGCCGGCUCAUGGCUGCUCCGGGAGAGACUGGCGCCCAGCUGCGCAGACAAAUUUCAAGCAGCAAGGAAGUAAUCCACGGCAUGGAGGAAAUUCUCAAGUGUUGCGGAUGCGGUGAACAAGUUCGCAUAUUAACCAUUGAGAUUCUCACGCAGCUACCCGUGGGCUUGGGUGAGGAGUUUCCGUGUGGGAACAAGGAAAGCAGAGAAAAUUUUAUCAAGAUGCUUCCUUCUAUCUUCACUGAUGAGGCCAAAGAGCACCCCAUCAGAAAAUUGGCUGGUGAAGCACUGCUGAAGCUAAGUCAAAGCGAAACCAAUGCUGCCAUCAUCUUGAAGGCAAAUGAUCAUCUUGUCCGUGAUCUCCGUAAAAUCCUACUAGAUGCUGCGGCCAAGGGCACAAAUCGAAUUAUGGCAGCUAAAACACUCAAGCAUCUCUAUAUUUAUUACAAAGAGAAUGAUGAAUAUCUCAGGGCACUCAAGGAAACGAUGGAGGACGUGAUGCCAAAAAUUCUCCGAGAAAUACUACCUCCUGUUGUGUUGAAUGGAAAUGAUACACUAGCAGAAACCAGAACACAUAGACAAAGUUCUCCUUUGCUAGGCCCCGCUGACAUAGAAGCCCAAGUUCUUGUUUCACAAGAUGAUGGCCGUAGCAACAACACUUCAACUUGUCAGCAAAAUGAUGACAUGAAAUUGCACAUGGCUUUACUAUCUCUCGCUGCUGCAAUAUUUGACAAAUUCAUCACCCAAGAUCAUAAUUUGGCUCAACUGGUUGAUAAAAUUUCUCCUGGAGAUUCUCCAACCAGCUUUGCCAAUAAGCUCAAUGAGUUGGUGCGGAGAAAGAGUCAACCCACGGCUAGUUGCCUGAGCAUGAUGAAGAAUGCCAGCAACAUGGUCAUAUCAAUGAUGAAAGUGAAGCACAGUGACAGCUACCUCAAAGAACACUUCUUGGUGAUCUUUCUACAAUCUUUGGCUGAUGCUUGCAAGACCAUGUCUUCUCUCGAGAGCUUUAUGAUUUUAUACAGUGCCAAUCGUGGCACACUGAAGCCUUACAGGACUCUCGCCUCCUUAUUGAAAGAAGCAGAGGAACUUCUAGUCACAAAGGAGCCAAAGGAGCAGUGAACUACACAAACUAUGUGUGUCCAUGGAGGCUGGCAAAUUGGUAAGAUUAAUCAGCACAUCAAAUGAAAAAUAAAUUUCUGCAAUAUAUAUGCAGACUGUAUGCACUCUGGUUUGAACUUUGUGCACGCUUGGUGAUGCUAUUGUUCUCGGUGUGUGUGUCCUGAAUCCUAGGGAGCCUUUGUUAUUAUUUAUGAACUGCCAAAUUAAGCUACAGUUGGUGCAAAUAUUUCAGCAUGCUUGUGAGCCUAGCCAAGCUGCAUUGUCUUUCAAUAGAACUGUUUUACUCCA